CUCAUUGAUUUCCGGUACCUCCAUGAGGAUACUCUCUCUUUGGCGCGACUGAAAUGUGGUUAGGUUGAGGGAGAAGUUGUCCCUCUAAACACAAAAUUACGUUGAUUAAGCGCCUUGUUAUAGCGAAAAAUGGAUGCAGGAAAACUUGUAGAUGUGUUAAGGGCCACACUGGACCCGAAUCAAAGAGAACAAGCUGAAAAACAGUUGUCCGAGGUUCAUAAAAUUAUAGGAUUCAGUCCUAUUUUACUUCAAGCAAUUAUGUCAGACCAACUGGACAUGCCUGUCAGACAAGCAGGUGUCAUUUAUUUGAAAAACAUGGUGACCCAGUUUUGGCAAGAUCGAGAAAUAGAAAAGCCAGGUGACCCAGUACCAUUUUCUAUUCAUGAACAUGACAGAGCUGCUGUGCGAGAACACAUAAUUGAGGCCAUUAUUCAUGCUCCUGAUCCAGUCAGAGUUCAGCUAUGUGUGUGCAUCAGUCAUAUGAUAAAGCAUGACUAUCCAGGACGCUGGCCAAAUGUUCCAGAGAAGAUCCUGCUGUACAUCCAGUCAGACAACCAUGCUACGUGGAUGGGGGCGUUAAUGUGCUUGUAUCAAAUGGUCAAGGUCUAUGAGUACAAGAGACCUGAUGAAAGAAAAAUCCUGGAUGAUGCCAUGGGAGUGAUUUUACCAGUUGUGUAUCAGCGUCUUGUUAGCCUCAUGCCAGAUGAAUCGGAAUAUUCAGUGCUUCUACAGAAACAAAUACUUAAAGUGUUUUAUGCUUUUGUUCAGAAUUAUCUGCCCCUUGAAGUUUUGACUCGAGAGGUUUUCACCCAGUGGAUGGAGGCAGUCAGACAAAUAGUAGACAGGCCCGUUCCUGAGCAAACCAAUCAAAUAGAUGUUGAGGAUCGCCCAGAAUUGGCAUGGUGGAAGGUAAAGAAAUGGGCUGUUCACAUCCUGGCCAGAGUGUUUGAGAGAUACGGAAGUCCUGGAAAUGUCACCAAAGAAUACAAUCAGUUUGCAGAAUGGUACCUGAAGGCUUUCUCUGGAGGAAUCAUACAAGUUUUGUUUAAGGUAUUGGACCAGUACAGACAGAAAGCUUACGUAGCACCAAGAGUUCUUCAGCAGUCUAUCAACUAUCUCAACCAGGGGGUUAGUCAUGCAUUCAGUUGGAAGUUCAUGAAACCACACAUGCAGGCCCUAGUACAGGAGGUGAUAUUCCCUCUGAUGUGUCAUAGCGAUGAGGACGAUGAACUCUGGAACACUGAUCCUCAGGAGUACAUCAGAAUCAAGUAUGAUGUUUUCGAAGAUUUCCUGUCCCCCGUAAUUGCUGCUCAGACUUUGUUUUAUUCUGCUGCCUCGAAGCGUAAGGAAGUGUUGCAGAAGGCCAUGGGAUUCUGUAUGCAGGUCCUAACACAACCACAGGUCAAUCCUAGACAGAAAGAUGGGGCUCUUCACAUGAUCGGUGCUGUGGCAGAAGUCCUUCUGAAGAGAAAAAUAUAUAAAGACCAGGCAGAAAUGCUGUUGGCUACACAUGUUUUCCCAGAAUUCAACAGUGAACAUGGCUUCCUGAGAGCUAGGGCUGCAUGGGUGCUGAAGCAUUUCUGUGAGCUGAAGUUUAAGAAUGAAAAUAACUUAAAAACAGCUUUAGAGAUGGUGCGGAAUAGUUUGUGUUCAGACAAGGAGCUUCCUGUCCGUGUAGAGGCUGCUGUAGCUCUGCAGGUCCUUCUGGUAGAGCAAGAAAAAGCCAGAGAUUUUAUCCAACCAUUUGUCAAGCCAAUUUGUUUAGAACUGUUGAAAGUUAUACGAGAAACAGAAAAUGAUGACCUUACCAGUGUGAUGCAAAGAAUUGUGAUAACAUUUGACAAAGAAGUUACUCCACUAGCUGUAGAAAUGAUGACACAUCUGGCUCAGACUUUUGCUCAAGUAAUAGAAGCAGAUAUGGACAGCUCUGAAGAAAAAGCCAUUACUGCACUUGGUAUCCUAAAUACCAUGGAAACCAUUCUAAAUGUCAUGGAAAACCAAAAAGAGAUUUUGACACAGUUGGAAGGAAUUGUAUUGAAUGUUAUAGGAGUUAUCUUACAGAAAAAUAUAAUGGACUUCUAUGAGGAAGUGUUGUCUCUGAUCUACAGCCUGACCAGUGCUCAGGUGUCUCAUCACAUGUGGCAGGUGUUUGGUAUGUUAUACGAGAUGUUCCAGAAGGAUGGCAUCGAUUACUUUACAGAUAUGAUGCCAGCCCUUCACAACUACAUAACAGUGGAUACCCCUGCUUUCCUCUCCAAUCCUGAACACAUACAAAUCAUAUACAAAAUGUGUAAACAGGUGAUGUCAGCAGAAAUAGGAGAAGAUGCUGAGUGUCAUGCUGCUAAACUGUUGGAAGUUAUUUUAUUACAAUGUCCUGGACAAGUGGAUCAGGUUGUGCCAUCUUUUGUAGAACUUGUGUUACAGAGAUUGACUCGUGAAGUUCUGACCUCUGAAUUACGGACAAUGUGUUUACAAGUUGUGAUUGCGGCCCUGUAUUAUAACACUCCUUUAUUGUUGGACACUUUAACUAAAUUACAGAUAGACAAUAUCACAGGAUCUAUAUUAGAACAAUUCUUAAAACAAUGGCUUCAUGAUGUAGACUGUUUCUUAGGGUUACAUGACAGGAAAAUCUGUGUUUUAGGUUUAUGUUCAUUAAUUAACAUGGCAGGAAAUCGACCCCAAGAAAUAAGUAGUGUUGGUCCUCAGAUCUUGCCAGCUUCUCUUGUUUUGUUCCAAGGCUUAAAACGAGCAUAUGCAAGCAAAGCUCAAGAGGAAAAUGAGGACAGCGAUGAUGAAGAUGAGGAUGACGAUGAUGAAGUCAAUGAGGAACUUGCGAGCUCAGAAGAUGAAAUAGAUGAGGAAGGAGCUCAAUAUAUAGAAAAAUUAGAAAAAGCAGCUAACAAUGAAGAUGACGAUAGUGAUGGCGAGUACACAGACGACGGAACAGAGGAGACAGCUCUCGAGAGUUACCAAACUCCGCUGGACGAAGACACCUGUCCAGUAGAUGAGUACAUGAUCUUCAAAACCGUUCUAUCAAACCUCCAGGGAAAUGACCCUAACUGGUACAACUCUCUGAUCAGUCAGUUAACCGAGGAACAGAGGAAAGAGGUGGAGGAAGUCUUUAAGCUGGCAGAACAGAGGAGAGCAGCUGCUGAGUCAAAGAAGAUAGAGGAAAGAGGAGGAUAUGUUUUCCACCAGACAAGUGUGCCGUCAAAUUUCAAUUUCGGAUCUUAACCCCAGUUUAAUUACAACAUAAUUCCUGAUACAUAUCUUUCCCUUGUGAUGAAAAUAAAGGUUUUAAGCCAGUAUCAAACAAUGUUUUCUGAACUCUAUAGGCAGGAAAAUGCUGAAUUCAUCAGGAAUUGUGUCAAUAAUGAAUACAAAUGAAACAUUUAA